GGCGCCGCAGUGUUCGUGGGAUGGAGCAGCGGGCUGCCGCUGGCGGCCGGAAUCCGCGUGCAGCCCGGGUGCAAGUCCUCUUCCGCCGUCCUGAGUCCCCGCUCCCGGGCCCCCUGGAUGAGUGACGCCUUGGUCUGCCAUGGAAGCUGGCCCUGCCCUGGCCUGGCUCCUGCUUCUGAGUCUGCUGGCUGAUUGUCUGAAAGCUGCUCAGUCCCGAGACUUCACCGUCAAAGACAUAAUCUACCUCCACCCUUCAACCACACCAUAUCCUGGUGGAUUUAAGUGUUUCACCUGUGAAAAGGCAGCGGACAAUUAUGAGUGCAACCGUUGGGCUCCAGACAUCUACUGCCCUCGAGAGACUAGAUACUGCUACACUCAGCACACCAUGGAAGUCACAGGAAACAGCAUCUCUGUCACCAAGCGCUGCGUUCCGCUGGAAGACUGCUUGUCCACUGGCUGCAGAGACUCCGAGCAUGAAGGCCACAAGGUCUGCACUUCCUGUUGUGAAGGAAAUAUCUGUAACUUGCCACUCCCCCGAAAUGAAAGUGAUGCCACAUUUACCACAACGUCACCCAUAAAUCAGACAAAUGGGCACCGAGGCUGCAUGUCCGUGAUAGUGUCCUGCUUGUGGGUGUGGUUGGGACUCACGUUAUAGCAGCUCAAAGGCACCAUGUGUCGUAACGAUCCAUGGGGACGUGGAGGGCCCAUAGUCAUGCAUGAGGCAUUGGCCUGACAGUAGUCACACAUGUGAAACCAUAACACUCACGGAUGUCUUCAAGGCCAGGCACUUCCACUUACCACGGGGAACAAGCAUUGCUCCAAUGUAGUCAUUUCAAGUCCAAGACCUCAUCAAAGCAGCCUGCCCCCAAAACAGUCCCUGGAUUCUAUACCAUAACCUUUGUUUCCCCUCCAAAAAAUAGCUCUGCAUUUACUGAGAUUUGGGGCUUUUAGUUUGGAAUACAUGCACGAGCCACAGGAGGUCCUGCAGCCCUCUGAGAUGUUAGGCAUAUGUUAUAUGGACACGUGUAGAUCUGUGUUCUUCAGCAGAAAGGUCAAUGACCCCUGGUUUGAGUGCUCCAGUCAUGAAUUCAUUUAUAGCUUUAGAGUUUUAAAACUUUGAUUCCCAAAUGAAUGGACUAUUUCCUUGGAGAGUCUGACCAAGUCCCUAGAAAACUAGUAAGCAGUUUGUCCAAUUUAAUUGUCCCAGUACUCUUCUCCCAAUGGCGGGACUCAUGGGACAUAAAAAAAAAAAAGGCAAUCAUAAAAGUUUUUUUGUAUGGGAGGAGAGGUGGCUGGAGAAGGAUUUUUCCCAACUUAAUGGAACUGGCACCCAUAAGGUGACUGCUUAUCCCUUCAUAUAAUUGGUGAGAUUGGCCUUGAUUUGGCACCUAACUGUGCUCCAUGAAAUCCUGGAUGCUACCUGGACCCAUAGGUAUCCAAAGAGGCUGACAGCAGUAUGGGGCUAUUUCCUCCAGCCAUGAGGUUCUAUUCAGGCAUAGCUAAUUGAGACAGAGAGAGGAUUUCAAAACGAAAGGCAGAUGUGCGGGGUUGAUCCGAGUUCGUUGUGAGGGCGCAGUAAGUGUCUCUGCCAAACCUUUCAUCUGCAGUUUAUACUGCCCCAGAGCCUUCUUCGUUCUCCCUCUUCCAGAUCCCCAGUGACUUCAGGGAGAAGGCUCUGCAUUAAGUUGUCUCAAGAUUGAUAGGAAAAGAAGAUGUAAUAUCUUAGGAUGAGAAGUAGGUGGACCACUGGAGUGAUGGUGAGACUAGUAAAGAGACCCAGUAAGAUGUUUUUAUUUUUUUCAGAUGAUUGCUUUUGAAGUAAAUGGUAAAACUUUCACCAUCCUUCCUAUAUUUUUGGCACCUCCAACUUUUUCUUCUUCCUUAUAAAUCAUUUAUACAAUAUUUAUUUUUGUAUGGCAUAACUAGAGACUAAAAUAUAUUGUAAAAGAUUCUUUAUUCUGAAC